CUGUUUGAAAGAACGAUAGCAGAGUACGAGGAGCAACUUUGUCGUUCAAAAGAGAAGAACAAGCGACAACAGAAACUACUGGACGCUGUUUUCAACCCUCAGAUUCACUCACACAGAGCAGAUGUCCAGCAGCUGUCAGUGAGUGAAGAAGAGUUUCCCUCUGAGCAGCAGGAGAGGAGCUGCAGUCUGGACCAGGACCAGGACCAGGAGGAGCCGGAGCCCCCACACAUUAAAGAGGAACAGGAGGAACCUUGGAGCAGUCAGGAGGGAGAGCAGCUUCAGGGGCUGGAGGAGGCUGAUAUCACCAAGUUUACAUUCACUCCUGUCCCUGUGAAGAGUGAAGAAGAUGAAGAGAAACCUCAGUCUUCACAGCUUCAUCAAACACAAACCGAACAGAUGGAAACAGAAGCUGAUGGAGAGGACUGUGGAGGACCAGAACCAGACAGGAACUCUGAUCCAGAGCCACAUUUACAACCUGAUACUGGUGACGAGCCUGCAGACUCUUCUGAACCUGAGACUGAUAACAGUGGUGAUUGGAAGGAGACCAGAGAACCUCAGUCAGGUUUGAACUGUUUGAAAAAAGAUGGCGGCCCUGUCAGAGAUUCCAGAUUUAGUGCUGGUGAGAAACGAUUUAGCUGCUCUGAGUGUGAGAAAAGAUUUGUCUACAAGUACAAUCUGAAGAGACACCUGAGAGUCCACACAGGAGAGAAACCUUUCAGCUGCUCAGUUUGUAAGAAAACUUUUACAGAGAGUAGACAUUUAAAGUCACACAUGAGACUCCACACAGGGGAGAAACCUUUCAGCUGCUCAGUUUGUAAGAAACCUUUUACAGAGAGCAGACAUUUAAAGGCACACAUGAGACUCCACACAGGAGAGAGACCUUUCAGCUGCUCAGUUUGUAAGAAAACUUUUACAUGGAGUGGAUCUUUAAAGUCACACAUGAGACUCCACACAGGAGAGAGACCUUUCAGCUGCUCAGUUUGUAAGAAAACUUUUGCACAGAGUGGAACUUUAAAGGCACACAUGAGACUACACACAGGAGAGAAACUUUUCAGCUGUUCAGUUUGUCAUAAAUCUUUUACACAAAGUGGGCAUUUAAAGAAACACAUGAGAGUCCACACAUGAGAGAAACCUUUCAUAAAUGUGCUGGCCGCUCGUCCUCAAAGUUUCUACAAACUGAGGAUAACAAAGAGGCAGAGCCUCCAGCCAGCAGCCCACAAGAAGAGAUGCAAACCUCUUUUUCAAUCUUUUUAAAGGAUUUGAUAAACUAUUUCAAGUCUUUUUUAAAUGCUUUAAAACUUGUAGUAACUUUCAUUAAUAUUUAUUCUGUGUGUAUGAAAUUUACCUACAAUAUAAGUAAACAACACUUUCUUUUCCACUAUGUGAUAUAUUCAUUUCCUUUCUGUUCAUUUUUGUUUUGUUUUACAAAACAGAAGUUCACAAACUGAUAUUUUAAUGAAAUAUUAGAUUGUAGAAGUGUAACAAUGACAACUUUAUUUUUUUCUAACAGCAAAAGAAAAUAAAAA